GAGACAUAUGGCGCAAAGAAAUCCCAGUCGGAACAAAUCUCAACAGGGAGGCUCUUGAGGAGUCUUCGUCUCAUGGAUGGACAGUUCCCAAGGCCAUUGGCACUAGGUGCCACAACCAUCGUCAUGAGAAGCACGCACCUCAAGUUGACGACUCAGGAGAUCAUGACACUCCUGAACGUCCUGACAGUCACCCUUGGUUAUAAAAGCCCAAUGUACGACUUUGUCUACAUGCCAUGGGCGAAGCUAGCCAUUGUGAACUUCGUGGACCAUCGAUCAUGUAAGGCAUUCUAUGAGAAGAUUCAGGAGGUGAUCGAUCUGGGUGCCGAGCACCCGGCGAUCCGGAAUAUCGCCCAGUCUUACAUCCAGGGUUUGCCGCAGAACCUGGCUUUCUUCUUGGCCAAAUCGGGCCAGCAGGCGAUCUACCAAGCGCACGCUCCAAUGGUUUUUGAGAAUGGAGUUCGAAUGGAAUUGCUCGAUGCGGUGAACAAGUACGUUUCCAUCGAACUGCUCUUGUCCAUGGAGCAAACCUUAGCCGACAAUGUGCGGGAGAUGGGCCUUCAGAACAGUUGGCCUCGAUCGGGCAAGGGCAAGAGCUCAGGCAAAGGAUUGCCUGUGCAGCGGCAGCGUUUGGGCUGGCGGAUGCCGUGGCCGGACGCCGCGUCGGCGUCGGGCCUCACUGAUGGGUAUGGGUCGACCUCCGAAGGUCAUGCAGUGCUCCGCAGCGAGUUUCCACUUUUGGCCGGCGCCAUGGUGGAUCCGUCGAGGCACACGGUGUACGAUCCAUCCGAGAGGCACUCAGUGUACAACCUCUGAAGCGGUGAAUGGAACUCCGCGCGAAUGGUACGUUUCACUCACUCAUCAGUGACAUUGUGGUGUGACACGCACCAACCUGAUUGCCCGCGGCGAAGUGCCCCGGCACGCGGUAGCUAUGUAGUUCCGCUAUGGUUUUGUUUUGGGUGCUUCCGAGGCAGCUCGUUCCUCACAGAUG